GCGAGUUUGCACUGCUCCUGCUGCUCUCUGUCUUCGCCACGGGUCACUGUUAUCCGCAUCACCAACACUUUAGCCUCUCCAAAUCACAUAAAAGCGAGAUUAGAGCCGCGUUAGUGACCGAGCGAGAAGGCGGGGAUUGUUUCCGAGGUUUCCCACACACAGUUUUUACGCACGCUCCUCCUCGCGAGCAGCAUCUUUCCAGUGUUCCAGAGCGUGCGCAACAGGUCGGACCGCCUGUUCAACCAUGCCGAGCAAAAGCCAGUACUUGCGACCGAGGCUGUGCACGUUGGAGAAGGGCGAUAACGGCUACGGAUUCCACCUACACGGGGAGAAGGGGAAGACGGGCCAGUUCAUCCGCUUGGUGGAGCCCGACAGCCCCGCGGAGAGCUCCGGGCUGCGCGCUGGAGACCGACUCGUCUUUGUAAACGGCGAGGACGUGGAGAGCGAGAGCCACCAGCAAGUCGUGUCCCGGAUACGCGCCACGGCGGGACUCCUGGAGCUGAUCGUGGUCGACCCGGAGACGGAACAGUUGCUUAAGAGACACAAUCUGAAGUGUCAGAAAGAGUAUGUCACCGAGGGGGUCCCCGUGGAGGAGGAAGAAGAAGAGGAGGGAGGAGGAGAAGAACAAGAAGAACAAGAAGAAGAAGUGGAGGUAGAGGAGCAGCAGCAGCAGGUGGAAGAGGGAGAGUCUAUGGAAGCGCAGGACGUGGAUGGGAUGGAGAAUGGAGAGGACAGGCGCUGCGUAAAAGAGGAUGAAGAAGUAGUAACCGAGGUGGCAGAGGAGAGACAAGAGGAGACACACGUGGAGACAAAUGAGGAGACACACGUGGAGACAAACGAGGAGACACACGAGGAGACACACGAGGAGACAAACGAGGAGACACACGAGGAGGACGCGCAACGAGACGCGACCCCAAGACAAUCCACGCCGGUCCCGGAGAGCAACGGAGACAUCCACAAUCACGUGGAGAAGAAGCUCAGUGUCCACUCGGAUGACGACUGCGUAAAGGAGGAGAGUACAGCGUUGCGACCGCGCCUGUGCGUCAUCCAAAGAGGACCGAAUGGGUACGGGUUUAACCUCCACAGCGAGCGCGCCAGACCGGGCCAGUUCAUCCGAGCGGUGGAUGAAGACUCUCCGGCUGAGAGAGCGGGACUGCAGCCUCAGGACAGGAUAGUACAGGUAAACGGCGUGUCAGUGGAGGGGAAGACGCACUCACAGGUGGUGUCGAUCAUAAAAGCUGGAGGUACAGAGACCAGGCUGCUCGUGGUGGACCCAGAAACAGACGCCUUCUUCAAGAGGUGUAGGGUGGUCCCCAGAGAAGAGCACCUCACAGGUCCACUGCCGGAGCCUGUAGUCAAUGGAGGGAUCGAGGACAAGGUGAAUGGCAGAGACAUUAAGGAGCCCGAGCAAGAGUCCAAACUGUCAGUGAGUCCUUCCCCAUCGAACGCUUCGUCCAAUACCUCUCUCACGACUCCUACAGCAAACACCCCGCCUGAGGGUCUGAUCACUGAAGCCAUCCCAGCGCUAAACCUGAGCCUCCAGCAGGUCAAGGAGCUCGCUCACCAGAAACGCUCAAACAAGAGAGCCCCGCCCAUGGACUGGACCAAGAAGAAUGAACUCUUUAGUAACCUAUAGGGGAUUAUAUUGAUUAUACACUGAGAAUUGGACUGGUUUUACACAUUGUAACGAAAGAGAAGGAGCUGAUUGAUUUUUUGUAAAAUAUGGUCUUACCACUUUCACUUUACUAUCUUAUUAUAUCUCAGAUGUUUUAUGUAUAAUGUGCUACUAACACAAAGCAAUAUAUUCAUGUGAACUAUGUGAAAUGUGAGUACGUUUAAGGGCCCUGACAAUCUUUGCUGGACAGAGCAGAAAAAUGAUGUUAGUCAGUUUUGAGACCUUGAAUUAAAGCAGAUUUUUACAGCUCAACCUCAUCACAGAAAUCUGACAAUCAAACCUUUUAAACCCACCUGAUCUUUUGUUUUUACGUUAAAAUACAAUCUUCCAUUCCAGCACGAUACUUUUCCUUUUAAGAAUGAUUUUUGCGUUUGUUGUUAUGCUACAGCUUUAAGAAACUGGAAUGUAUAUAUCUAAACAUAACCUAUUUGUAUUAUAUAUAUAUAUUUUUAAAACAUUGACUGAGGCUCUAGAGUUUAGAUUAAACUUUAUAUUGUUAUACUCGUUUUUCCAGUGCACUGUAACAUUGCCAUGACAGACGUCCCCUGUGAAUGAUCAGAUAUAGAUGUGUUUAUUUGAAAAGUAUUUUUAUCUUUAAAUUAGUCUAUAAUAUGAAACGUCUUUGCUUCCAUAGACUGAACGCUUUUCUAGAAUCAAUGAAGGACAACUGAUUUUAAAUGUAAGGAAAUGUUUUUUUUUUUAUUUUUUUUUUGUAGUUUGCGUAAGCUAAACACAAUUUACAUUUUAAUAAAUAAGUCACUAUUGCUUUUGUGA